AUGAACCCAUAUGAAACGGACCCGGACAAAAUUCCUACAACCGACCUAUAUGCGGAUGUGCCCUUUUAUGGUCGCUACUGCCCCAAACCCGAUGACUUCCGCGUUGAUCUCCAGCAUGUCAACUCCGAAACCACAGAGUCACUGAAAUACUGGGCAUCGGUUGUUAGUCUCUGCACCGAAGAGCUUCGAAUUUACCCCGCUGACAAAGGCGGGCGCGAUGUUUUUGCUCUUGGAAGUGUGGUCGUGAAAUCCAGUCAUCUCCACGCAUGCGAAGGUGAAACAGAGAUUGACUUCUCAUAUGCCGAUGCAAAUGAGAUUCGAGCAAUUGCUUUGGCCAAAUCCGUGUUGAAGGAUGUAAAAGUUCCAGAAAUCUAUUUUUCAGGCAAGAUCAAUGGUCGCCAGGUGCUGGCCCAAGAAAGGCUUCCCGGGGUUGGAUUAUCCGUCGCAUGGCCGUAUCUACAUCGAGCCCAGAAGAAUUCAUAUAAAGAACAGGCCAGGAAGGUACUCCAUCAGCUUCACACUAUCAAGCCCACAGAGAAACUUCAAACUCGCGUCCACGUUGUACCCGACCCUAGUAUACUCAGUAAUGGUCGGAUCAAUCGGUUAGAAGCGGACAUUCUUUUUUCAGACACCGGUUGUGAUCCAGAUAUGAGCUUCAUGCAUAACGAUUUUACCCAGUCUAAUUGUAUUGUUGACAAUGACAGGAUUGUGGGGCUUAUCGACUGGGAAAUGGCUGGGUUCUUUGGCUGGAAGAUUGCGGGGGAAGUCCACCGUCGGAUCAGGACCCCCCAACGAGAGCAUUUCGUGAAUGCCAAUCUGAGGGAGGAACAGCUCCAGGAUAUGAUGUUUUGGAGUGAUCUAUAUGAUGAGGGUAUUCCAGAGAAGUGA